CUUAAAAUUGAAGCAUUUAAAAAUAUGGACAAAUUGAAGAUUAUGGAGCAGGAAUUGCAUUUUCUAUAUUAGAAUGUGAUUUAAUACUUUAUUUAUUUCAUUAAGAACUUUCCUAAAGCUAAUUAUGAAACAUUUAAUCAACAUAUAUGUAUACUGAAAACUUGUAAGGCUAUGCAAAAAUUUAAUUAUUUUUGGAAAAAGUCUUUAAAAACUUUUUGGAUUAUACCAUGAUUGUAUAGAGAAAGAAUUAAAAGCUGCA